AUGAAACCCUGCCAACUGAACAACAGCAUGGAUUCAGGACUGGAAACAGACGUCCAGUGCAGAAGUGGGACAGUCUGUGCAGCCAAAUGUGGCUCUGAACGCUUGGAGAAUGCGGCGAAGCGUCGUCUGGCAGCUAACGCCCGGGAGAGGAGGCGCAUGCAGGGGCUCAACACAGCCUUUGACCGCCUCCGCAAAGUGGUCCCCCAGUGGGGACAGGACAAAAAGCUCUCCAAAUACGAAACCCUUCAGAUGGCCCUGAGUUACAUCAUGGCCCUGACAAGGAUCCUUUCAGAGGCUGAGAGAUACAGCACAGAGAAAGAUUGGAUUAACUUCCACUGCGAGCACUUCCAUCAAGAGAGCUGCCACCAGGCUUAUACGGGACAGAAAGUGGCCGCUGCUGAAAUCGAUCCAUAUGCACAGAGGCUUUUCAGCUUCCCGUCUGAUCACUAUUAAAUGGACACUCAGAUCACAGCGCACUCAUGCAGGUCAAGAUGGGUCAUUCUUUACAAAAACAAAAACUGGGUGCAGGAACUAAAGGUAAUCUCUAGCUGGGGUACUCUUAUUCUUUGACUGCAAAAUACCAGCCUCAUUAAAACAAAUUGGUCUGGAACACUGUCAAAUGCGAUCUAUUGAUGCAAAUCACACCUCCUCCUCCUUUAUUAGCCAUGAAGCAUGCAUCACCUGUUUUGUUUCGUGUUCUGAUAUUUUGAACAUAUUUCAUAGUUAAUGUAUGACUUAGCACACCAUGUUUUUACUAGAAUGUAUUGAAGAA